AUACAAAGAGUACAAGUGUUUAUUGGCAGCCGAAGUGGUUCAGCUUCUAUGUAUUGUUCCAGCUUUCUUUGAUUUCAUUGAGAAAGAUAACGGUAUUAUCAAUUUACUAAUUGCUGCAACCAGUGAUAAUAGUAUUAUUCAUAAAAUUGGGAACAUUGUGGAUAAAGCCAGAUCAAAUAAGAAUGAUGUCCGAAGAUUAUAUGAAGACUUAGCAAAGUUUAUAUUACAAUGCAUACAAAGAAAUGCCAAGAAUGUAAUAAACAAACAGAUCUCACCAAGAAGUCAAUCAAAAUUUGUACUUUCUAAUGGAUUACCAAAGAGACCACACUCUUCCCCCAUAUACUCUCCACUGUCCACCAGUGAUUACAUUGCAAAGGGGCGAAGUACACCUGACCAUAGACGUGUACGUCCCCUGACUGCAAGAAAAUGGAAAGAGUUUGAUACAAUUAAGACUCCAAUGUUAGGUGACAAAGUGCUGGCUGGCCCACAGAAUGUAGGAUAUAUCAUAGCAUUACCAGAACUUGAUAUUGCACUUAUUCAAAUGGAUGCUGUACCAGCUCCCAAUGGUGCUGUGGGUGUUCUCCCAAAGAAUAUUGAAGCUCAUUACAAUUACAUGGACAUGAAACAACUAGAGUGGAAUCGUAGUGGUUACUGGAGGCCCAAAGGUACUAUUGGUGAUAG